AUGGGUCCUAGAAAACGCGGUUCCACUCCAGUUGCGACCGGUACAGCCGGGAAGGAUGUUGAUGAUCCUAGUUUGAAGUACACCAAGAAAGGUCCCGAUUAUGAGCUUCUGAGCGAAAAGUGGCUAAUGAGAUCUGCUCCAGAUAGUCCAAAAGAGUACCGGAUUUGGCUCUAUGUGGUCACAGCAAUUGCAUUUGUUGCAAGAUUUUAUCUAUUGUGGUAUCCAAAGGAAGUGGUAUUUGAUGAAGUUCAUUUUGGUAAAUUUGCUUCCUACUACCUGGAAAGAGCUUUCUUCUUUGAUGUGCAUCCUCCAUUUGCGAAGAUGAUGAUUGCCUUCAUUGGUUGGUUAGUCGGUUACGAUGGGGAGUUCAAAUUUGACGAUAUUGGGGACAGUUAUGAGCAGAACCCGGCACCUUACUUGGCUUACAGAUCUUUCAAUGCUUUGUUAGGUACUUUGACUAUCCCCGUAAUGUUCAAUACUUUGAAAGAAUUGAAUUUUAAGGCUGUUACUUGUGCAUUUGCUUCGUUGCUCGUGGCUAUCGACAAUGCACAUGUCACAGAGACAAGAUUGAUCCUUUUGGAUGCCAUUUUGAUCUUCGCCAUUGCACUUACUGUUUAUUGCUAUGUGAGGUUUUAUAAAGCUCAAUUGCGGGCUCCAUUCUCCUGGAGUUGGUAUGGCUGGCUUUACGCAACUGGUAUGUCGUUGUCCUUCGUCAUCUCGACAAAGUACGUCGGUGUGCUGACUUAUGCUACCAUCGGUACGAUGGUUGCCAUUAACUUGUGGCAAUUGACUGAUGUGCGUGCUGGCUUGAGCUUAAAAAAACUGUUCUCCCAUGUAUUCAAGAGAUUAAACGGUCUUAUCUUAGCACCUUUCGUGGUUUAUUUAUUUUGGUUCUGGAUCCAUUUUGCCAUUCUAAUCAAAUCCGGUACUGGUGAUGCCUUUAUGUCCGGUGAGUUCCAGGAAACCUUAGGCGACUCUCCACUGGCUAAGGAGUCCAAACAGGUCAACUAUUAUGACAUUGUCACCAUUAAACACAAAGAAACCCAUGUGCUAUUGCACUCACAUUGGGCCACUUACCCACAACGUUACGAAGAUGGCCGUAUUUCAUCUCAAGGUCAACAGGUCACCGGUUACUCUGUGCAAGACCCAAACAACGAGUGGGAGAUUCUUCCUGUCAAGGAAUUAUCUUCCAAAAGCGGCCAGCCACUCUACUUGAAUGAAGCUUUUAGGCUAAGGCAUGUGGCUACGAACUCGUAUCUGCGGGCUCACGACGUUGCAUCACCUUUUUACCCAACCAAUGAAGAGAUUACUACUGUCACCGAAGAGGAAGCCAACGGUGAAGCUUAUCAGCAGACCUUGUUCACUUUCCAAUCCUUGCAAAAGAAGGAUACAGAAACCAUCGUCAAGACCAAGGGCACACUCUUCCGUAUUUUCCAUGUUGACACAGCAGUCGUAUUGUGGACCCAUAACGACGUUUAUUUACCUGAAUGGGGCUUUGGUCAACAAGAAGUGAAUGGUAAUAAGAAACUAACGGAAAGCUCCAACAACUGGUAUGUGGAUGAAAUCGUAAACAUAGAUGAAGAGAGAAAGGCCUACGUUCCAAAGGAAAUAAAGCAAUUAUCUUUCUUUACUAAAUGGUCUGAGCUUCAAAGACUAAUGUUUGAACACAAUAACAAAUUGUCAUCAGAACAUCCAUUUGCUUCUCAACCUUACUCAUGGCCGGGCAGUUUGAGUGGUGUUUCCUUCUGGACAAACGACGCUGAAAGGAAGCAAAUUUAUUUUAUCGGUAAUAUCAUCGGUUGGUGGUUACAGGUGAUCUCAUUGGGGAUUUAUGUUGGGAUCAUCAUUACCGACUUGGUCACUAGGAAGCGUGCGUACUAUGCGUUGGGAAGGAUCACCAGGGAAAAAUUGUACGGUCCAUUGAUGUAUUUUUUCGUUGGUUGGGCAUGGCACUACUUCCCAUUCUAUUUAAUGGGUCGUCAAAAAUUCUUGCAUCACUACUUGCCUGCACAUUUGAUCGCAUCGCUGUUCACUGCAGCACUAUGGGAAACUAUCUUCAGCGACUGCAAAUCUUUGGAUCCAGAGAAGGAUGAGGAUGCCCCAGGUGUCCACUACCAACACAACCCAGAGAUAUAUACCAAAUAUUUGUGGGUGGCAUUCGGUGUUAUGUCACUUGGUGUCAUCGUGUUCUUCCUAUACUUCUCUCCAUUUGUCUACGGUAACGUCAGUCUAACCCCAGAACAAGUUGUGAGAAGACAAUGGAUGAAUAUCCAACUGAGCUUUGCCAAGUGA